UACCAACGCGUUAUGUGGGCAAGACCUGCUGGGUGAGUCCAUGGACAUCUCUGUGAAGUUACCACAAAAACUGUCGUUUUGCUGAUGUUUCAGAUUUCGUUACACUGGCCUUCCCACUCGAUGUGGAAUGAGUGAAAGUAGCGACACCGCCAAUGCGACAAAGAGCGUCAAGGCCAAGAACCCUUUGAUUCCAACUGACGCGCACGUCGCCGACUACAAGCAGCCUCGGCCUUCCCCAGUUGGCCCUCACCACACAGGAGAGCCUCCAUCGGACGUAUCACCUGCUGUCGUCCUCCGCGACGAAGCGUCGACCUCGCCCUUGAACUUGCGGUUCAGCUUCAACUUUGACGAGCGAAACGAACUCUCCAUCACGCACAAUAUCGACUUGCACGUCCCGCCAUUGUGGGCCAGCGAUGCGCAUACAUCUCUCGAUUCUGUCGGCGCGGGUAGACCACCAACGCCCGAUGGCACCCUGGAAUGCGCAGGCGCUGCACGACGUAAACAAUUGAAAGAAGGGCGAACGGAGGGAUUUGGAAAGCCGGAUGUCGGGCCACAUAUCUCAAAGACGGCGCGAGGACCCCCAUCAACCGAAAACCCCCUGACGACGCAGGACGGUGCUGCUGCCAUAACGACGGACGCCACGCAAACUACCUCGGCACUGGAGCCACCGCCAGACAUACCCCAUUCGCCUUUGUUGGAAGCGCCGCACGACCAUUCAAGAUGUUUGUCUCCCUACGAUGUCGAUCAUGGAAAUGGAAAGCAGGAUGAAGGAAUACGGACUGGAAAGGACGAGGACGUGGCCGACAAGGUCACUGGGGAAGUCGAUGCUCCAAAGGAGGCGUCUGUGGUCAAGGCACAGCAGCCGCAUUUCAUUGAUGCUCAUGGGACGGAAGCGCCCAAGACAGCCCAGGACCUUGCCACCAUAAAGAUCGAACUCGACCAACUGACACUUGGCAGCGCCACUCGAGCCGCAGAGUCUGCGGCACCGCUGCAAAAGGUUGAGAAACCGCGCCUUGAAUACACAAUGGAAAACGUAUACCCGAGCAAGUGGGAAGACAUUCGGCCGGGUGUGGCGACGUCGACCUUGGCGUCGAAAGUGGCUGUCAAGUCAGAGUUGCCAGCGGCGACGUCAAAGCGAACGAAAGCCUCGAUUGCUCGCCGACCAACGCUAUCCCACACAGCACCGUCCGCGGUACAUACCCCGACAGCCCAACAAGCUCUCGAGCACCAACUCAAAGCAGCGCUCAAGGCAAUGCAAUCUGAAAUGGCCGCGUUGAAAAUCCAGCUCCAAUGCACUGUGGUUGAACGAGAUGGGCUGCAGACGAGAUGGGCGCGAGCAUUGGCAGAUCCAGCUGCCUUGACAAGUCAAAUCCAAGCGCAGCACGUUCAAGUAGCCACCUCUGUCGCCGAGAGAGAUGAAUUCGCGCAGCAAUGCGCGUCGCUUCAGCAAAGUGUUGUCGCCGCCCAAGCUGAAACCGACUCGCAUCGGAAAAAGCUGAUGGCGGUUCAAAUCGAACUCCAUCACGCCAAGGCAAAGUGCAGCGUGGCCGAGGGCAAAGCGGAAGCGCUGACGAAAGGAAAGGCGGAAGCCAUGGCGAAGCUCGAGGUCACCAAAGGAACGGUAAUGAGGCUGCAAUCUAGCGUUGACCAUGCCAAGGAGAAAAUCCAUAAACUUGAAGUCGAAAUCGCAUCGCUGCGACACAAACGCGCGGCGGAUGCGCAAGCGUUAACCCGAACUGUCGACCAAAUGCGUCAACAUGCCACAAUCGCGAUGGAGAAGGCGACAGCGCAGUGGACGGCGGAGCUUGCGGCGAAAGAUGCGUCCGUGCAGUCUCACGUGGACAAAACGAAGCGACUGGCAGAUGAUGCGAACGCGAUGUUGCAUCGUCGAAAUCAAGCUCUCGAGGCAAAACUCACCGAGGCCAAGAACCGCAUCGCAGUGCUCGAGACUCAAGUGCGCCCUGUGCAGCUCCUAACCAAGCGCGUAAAAGCACUCGAGGCCGUCCACCACGAAAACAAGCGACUGCAGCAGGAACUGACUACAGCGCAUCGAGAUGCCGCCGCCGCCAAGCACACGCGCUCGAAGACCAAGCCAGCGCAGGAUGCAUUCGACAUCUUGCUGGCAUCGCCUACGAUACUAAGCAACCAGUCCCAGCACUCCCCAUCCAAAUCAGCCGACAAUGAAGCGUUGAAGAGCGAAGUGGGGAGGCUUUUGGAAAAGCUCCGACAACAAGAGCAGCAAUUAGUACAGCUACGGGUGCUCCAUUCGCAGGAAUUGCAAGCCCAAGCAACAAUGUUCCAGGCGCACGUGGCUCGAGCCACCUCAGUUUUAAAGUAA